CUGGGGGGAAAACGAUUGGCACUAACUUCGGAGUUGGGGCAAGCUCGGGGAGAGAGAAAGGAGACAGCUGCAUCCUCUUGCAAAGUUGGCCUUCUCAGUAAUGGCAUCAGCUCUACCUAGGACCCUGGGGGAGUUGCAGUUGUACCGAAUAUUACAAAAAGCCAACCUUCUUUCUUAUUUUGAUGCCUUUAUCCAACAAGGUGGUGAUGAUGUCCAGCAGCUGUGUGAAGCUGGUGAAGAGGAGUUUUUGGAAAUCAUGGCCCUAGUGGGCAUGGCUAGCAAGCCCCUUCAUGUCAGAAGGUUACAGAAGGCUUUACGGGACUGGGUGACAAAUCCUGGCCUUUUUAAUCAGCCUCUGACUUCCUUGCCUGUCAGUAGCAUCCCCAUUUAUAAAUUACCAGAAGGUUCGCCUACAUGGUUGGGAAUGUCCUGUAGUUCUUAUGAAAGGAGCAGCAAUGCUCGGGAACCUCAUUUGAAGAUUCCAAAAUGUGCUGCUACCACAUGCGUGCAGAGCCUGGGGCCAGGUAAGUCAGACGUUGUGGGGACCUUAGCGCUGCAGAGUGCCGGCGACUCCAGACUUUGGCAAGGUCACCACACUACAGAAAGUGAGCACAGCCUCUCCCCAGCAGACCUUGGCUCCCCAGCCUCACCAAAGGAGAGCACGGAGACUCUAGAUGCAGCUGCUGCUCUGUCCGUGGCUGAGUGUGUGGAACGAAUGGUCCCCACUCUUCCCAAAAGUGACUUGAAUGAAGUGAAAGAAUUGCUGAAAACCAACAAGAAACUGGCUAAAAUGAUUGGCCACAUCUUUGAGAUGAAUGAUGAUGAUCCACAUAAAGAGGAGGAGAUUCGGAAAUAUAGUGCAAUAUAUGGGAGAUUUGACUCAAAAAGGAAAGAUGGCAAACAUCUCACACUUCAUGAGCUGACUGUUAAUGAAGCAGCCGCUCAGCUUUGUGUAAAAGAUAAUGCCCUGUUGACAAGAAGAGAUGAACUCUUUGCCCUUUCUCGGCAGAUUUCUCGAGAAGUCACCUACAAGUACACUUACCGAACAACCAAGUCUAAAUGUGGAGAAAGAGAUGAAUUAUCCCCUAAGAGGAUUAAAAUAGAGGAUGGGUUCCCAGAUUUCCAGGAUACUGUGCAGACCCUUUUCCAGCAGGAUGCUGUAAAAGUUCAGUUAGCAUUGGCCAAAGCUAAAGGUGAAGAAUUUGCAGCACUUAAUUCACAGCAGCCUGAAAAGGUGAUGGCAAAACAGAUGGAGUUCCUUUGCACCCAAGCUGGUUAUGAGAGACUACAACAUGCAGAGAGGCGAUUGUCUGCAGGGCUUUAUCGGCAGAGCUCAGAGGAGCACAGUCCAAAUGGCUUAAUAGCAGAUAAUUCUGACGGACAAGUAGGAGAAAGACCCUUGAAUCUCCGAAUGUCCAGUUUACAAAAUAGACAGCCUCCACAUUUUGUGAUGGAUGGGGAGCUGAGCAGACUUUAUUCCACUAAUGAGGCCAAGUCUCAAUCAUCGGAAAGCCUUGGGAUCUUAAAAGAUUUUCCUCACUCAGCUUUUAACUUAGAAAGGAAAGUCAUAAAAACAGAGCCUGAAGAUACAAGAUAGCCAUGAUUCUCUCAUUGUACCUUGAAAAAAAAUGGCAUCAGAUCUGAGGAUAAAGCUACAAUACAAAACCAAGCCUUAAUAACCAAUGUUGCCUCAUUCAAGUCAAACAGAUUUCAUAGCCAAAGCUUAAGGACUGGUACAUUAGUCUGUGGAAACUGAGUGGGGAGGGUGGGGGGAGAAGGGAUAGCAAAAACAUCACAAUCUAGAACAGUAAUAUCGGUAAAUACACAUUCCUGUAUAAGUUGUUUCAUCAUGUGGGGAUGCUUACAAAUUAAUAUUGUAGGCAUCCAUUAUUUAAGAAUGUAAAAUGUAUUUGUAUAACUUAUAAAAGUAAACUCUAGGUGUUGAGACAUGUAUUCAGUCCAGUAGAUGUGGAUACAAUUUAUUUUACUUGAAAUUUCAAUGUCUACUUUAAAUGUAUCUAGCAUAAAUAUGAUUGUUAUACAUCAGAAUUAAGAAGUCUAUGAAAUUGUAGGAAAGAAAGAUAAUUAAAGUGACAGGUAAACAGCAAGUUUACUUUAUUUGAGAAAAUAGAAAACAAGUACUUCAUAUUUUAAUGAAGUUUGAGUGGCUAUUACCUUUGAUAAAGCCAAACUUGUUUUGGAGGAGAUAUAUAUGUGUAUAUAUAUAUAUGACAUUUAUUAAUGUAAUGUCAUUUUACCGGUUUCAUCAGUAUACUUUUAAAUAUUAAUUAAGUACUAGGGAAAAGCCAGAAACAUCAAUAUGGUGGCUGCCGUGUGGACAUGACCUACAACAUUUGGCCUUUGCAUAGCUUAACCAUUAAGGCAUUAAAAAAAAAAGAUUGGAAUAUCUUUCUUGGACAGAAAACUUGAGACAGAUAGACUGAUGUGCAAACGGCCUGGUUUCAGUAUGGAUGUUUCAGAGCACUAAUGUGGAUCAUAGAAGGAGUUCAUCCAGAAGGUGAUAAAGAUAUGAUGGAUAAUGGCCAGAUCCAUUAUACCAUUACUGAAACAACUUUCCUCUGUAUCUUGAAAUUCUUUCUCUGCCUGCAGAGGUGGAUGUGAGAGACUAGAUGCCAAUAGGAGGUGCCCUCAUGCCCAAAUGAUGCUAUGUUUUUACCAAUCACUGGAGACACUGUGCAGACAUUCUUUUCUACAUGUGCUUUUAGUUGAUACCUGAAUUUGUUAUUUAUUUUGCAAGUUAGUUUUUGGUACACAUUUCAUCUCUUCAAAUGCUUUUUUCCCCUGAGAGUAAUAAUAGCUUGAAUGCGUUUCUGUUUUUAAUUUCCACUGUUUAAUGUAAGGCUUUUGGCAUGCAUAUAUAUGUGUAUAUAUACAUACAUGUAUGUAUGUGUAUAUAUAUGUAGCAUAUUCACAUGCUUAGAACAUAUAUAUGCCUAUCUAUGUAAGAAUUUCACAUUUGAAUCCUUCCCCCAUGAUGCAAAUGGGGCUUUUUCCAAAACAUACUUUCUCUAUUGGUUUAAGAGAUAGUAACAAGGGCGUUGGUAAUAGGCAGAUCUCUAUGUUGUUACAAAGUAACUUAACUGUUGGUUGAGAAGGUGACAUGCUCCACAAAAUGCACCUUUUCUGUCUCUAGUUGAGUUCUGCAUUGUAGAUAUGUAACAAUUACUCAGUCAUCAUGUAUGUCAUACUAAAAUUUGUCAGCCCAGUGUUAAAUGAGGUGUCUGCACUGUAGUUCCUAAUCACUGUAAAUGUGUAUAAUUGUUUUAUCACUUUUGAUUUGUGGAACAGCUUUAUAGUGGAAACACCAGUCAACAACUUUUCUAUUAUUAAAAGGUGGUUUUUCCUCCCUAAAUGGUUCAUUGUACUGUAUGUGGUGUUUUGACCAUUGGCCAAGCUUUUUAUGUAUGCUUCAACUUUGUUGCUGGUUUGAGGUUGAAGAUAUGGUUGUCUUUGUUCACUGUUUGUGGAAAUAGUAUAAGUAGGAUUUAAAUAGAUUGUUUCUUCAGUUUUUAAUAUUAGCCAUAGCACUGGUUAGUAUCUGAGUAGUUUCAUGAAACGUUUCAUGUAUUCUAAUAUGUUUUGAGAGAUUUUGUGAGAUUACAAAAAAAAACCCUGAAUAUUAUUGUUCAAGUUUAUAGACAGUAAGCAACAGAUUUUUUUUUAAAGAUGCAGUAAUCUUCCCUCCAAUAUUUGUCACAGUGCCUGUGAUCAAAAGAUGUGCAUGGACCAAAAGACUUCAUCUUUGAAUACAUAUAUAUGUAUGAUUGGUUAGCAUCGUUUGCUAAUCUUUCAAGUAAUGAUGAGGAGAACACCUCACAAGAAAAAUUUCAGUAAAAUAUAAUUUUUAUUUUGUAAACACUAAUGUAUUAAAUUUGCUAUAUAUUAAAGCAUAUAAUAUAUAUUUUUAUUUGAAUUGUAAAUAUGAUUCAGUUGUCUUAGCAAGUUCACUAUGUUGUAGGAUAUUUUCUCCAAACAAAUUCUAUUGGUUACUUCAGUAUCACAACUCAAGAGGGUUAGUGCCCCGAUAUAUGAUGCUUUACCAUGUGAAGUUUGUAGCUCUGUGACUUAUUGAGCCUGUCCACUUGAUGAAAAGAAUGAGGAUGGCCAGGAGCACAUUUGCUUCCUGUGGUAGUUUAAAAAAAAGUUUUAGCAUUUCAUGUAUUUCUAGCUUUUAAGACAAACUAUUUUUCACUAAAUGGCCUUUCCAACUCCUAGUUAUCUGUUUAACAUCUAUCAUUCUAAGCAGUAAGUUUCAUGGUAUCUAGAGAUUGAUUCCUUUAAAAAAAAUUCAACAGACUUUAUAUUUCCUAGUAUAGGCCUUUGCUGACCAUGGGGAUUCAGUAAAUUCUGUUGAGUAGUUUUGCUGCUAGACUGAUUUUGGUCAUGAUUUCAUUUGAACACUGCACCUACGUCUUCAGAAGUGAAUCAUUCCAUUAAGGCACUGCUGUAACAAACUAGCAGCCCUCUUUGCUAAAGGAUACAGAUUCAUUAAGUAGGAAAUAGCUAAAGUUAGCAAGAAUUUGGCAAACAUUUGGUAUUUACAACAGCUUGAAGCAUAUGACCAAAGAUGGUAGCUGCCGCUUAACUAAAGAUCAGGGUAUGUCCCACCUGUGCAUGUGAGAAAUUUAGGAAAUCUGUUUCAUUUAAACUUUAUCAAUUUAUGGGCAUCUGAUUAAAACUAUCUUCAUUAUUACUGAAAUUUUUUGAAGUGUCAAAAAGUAGAAUACUAUUUUCUAAAAGUUUUUUUAAUGUACUAAUUUUUAAACCAAGCCAUUUACUCAUUUAGUGGAUUUAUAAGGUUGCCAACACUUCACAAUGGGGAAGAGAUAAAGCUAAGAAUUUUAAAGGCUUUGCCUCUGCCUUUUCUUGGAUGUGCUAUAUAUAUCGUAACAAAGCAUUUAAAUCCUCUUAUCUUCCCUUAGUCUUUUUUUACUCACUCUUACCUGGCCUCUAAAAGAAGGGGGGCGGGGCAGAGAAUAAGUAUUCAUUAGCUUAGAAGAUUUACAUUUAAAAUGUUCACCCCAAAAUGUUGAAGGUUGAGUCUUCUAACAUGCCAAAUAAACACUUUCUUUAACCAAGAAUUAAGACAUUUUGUUGCAUUUGCAUUAAAAAAAAAUUUUCCCCUUCUAUUUCAAUUCAUGUGAAUAAUAAUGUACAUGUUGAGAACACUAGUAUGGUGCGGUGGAGAGAGUGCUAAAUUUUAGAGGGCCUCUGAACUCUCAGUCCUUGGAGAGUUAUUUAACCCUCUGUGCCUGUUUACUUGGUUGCACCAGCAUGAUCCUUGAGGCCCCUUCCAGCUUAAAGACCAUGGUUCUAUGAACCCUUCGCUUCAAUUUCAAUAUCCACUUAUGAAGAAUUUCUUGUUGGCAUCCUUCUUUUGCUUGCUUAUUUUUCCCCUAAGUAGUGUUCAGUAAGGGAAUGCCUCUCUCAGCCCUUGAUGCCUUUGGACUUGAUAAAUUUUCAUGCUUCAGUAAGCAUCUAAAAACAGUUUAUUGCAUGGUAGAGCAGAUGAUUUGUUUCUUUAAAUUGGUACAAUCUACCCAGAAUAAGACCUUCUGAAGUUCUUACUCAUUCUUUAAUGAGCAAAUAUAGUCUUUACUUCAAAACAGAGUUGGCCCUUCAAAUUUUCUUAUGAUGCAGCUUUUUCAUAAAACCAACUAGAAACCAUGCAUUGGGGAAAUGAUACUGGUUGUAUGUGAUCAUAAAGACAAAAUGCUAUGAAAUUCCCUCCCGGCCCAUAAAACUGAUAUGUUAGUGUCACAUUUGCCAGUCUUUAAAAUAUGAACCCAGGUUCUGAUCAGCAACUUAAGUGUAUUUCCUGGUAACCCAAACAAUCUGAUCAUCUACCCAAACUAAUUUGACUGUGGGUGAACUUUCAGUGACGUGGUAAGUUAGAUUGUGCACUGUAUUUACACAUUCUGAAACUUCUGAGUCAUCUUUGCACCACUUAAAGUUUGCACUUCAUAGAUUUGUGUUUAAAGUACCAACACCCACACACAAUCCUAAGCAGGUAGACCAUUGUUUAUUCUGUCAUAUGCACCCAAUGUCGACAGGUCAUUUAGGCAUGAGUAUGUAGGAAGAUACUUAGCAGUACAUGUGUAGGUGGAAUCUUAUUCCUAGCCGCUAUGGAUCAAAUAAGCAUCAUGAUGAUACACUCAAAACGUCUCUUGAACAAGCCUGUCAAUGGUUAAAUAAAACAUUCACAGAAUA